GUUUCUGUCACCGGGGUUUGUAUGAAAACACCCGGCGGCGGGCGGCGAGGCAUCCGCCGGGCCCCUGGAGAGCAGCCGCCCGCGCUGCCGACGCCGAGCCGGGUGCUGCAGCUUUACCCAGUCCCUGCCAGCGCCCCAUCCUGAGCCGAUUAUCUGCAAUGGUGAAAUGAAGUAAUUCAAGAUGAGCAAGUUAAAAGUGAUACCAGAGAAAAGCCUUACCAAUAACUCUCGGAUUGUGGGACUCCUGGCUCAGCUGGAGAAGAUCAAUACUGAAUCUACAGAAUCAGAUACUGCCAGAUAUGUUACAUCAAAAAUUCUUCAUCUGGCUCAGAGUCAAGAAAAAACAAGGAGAGAAAUGACAGCCAAAGGUUCUACAGGAAUGGAAGUUCUGCUGUCAACAUUAGAGAACACGAAAGAUCUUCAAACUACACUUAAUAUCUUAAGCAUUCUUGUUGAACUGGUGUCAGCUGGUGGAGGUCGAAGAGCGAGUUUCUUAGUCUCCAAAGGUGGUUCACAAAUAUUAUUACAGUUACUUAUGAACGCCAGCAAAGAAUCUCCCCUGAAUGAGGAGUUAAUGGUGCAGAUUCAUUCCAUUCUUGCAAAAAUUGGACCAAAAGACAAAAAAUUUGGAGUGAAAGCUAGAAUUAAUGGAGCUCUAAAUAUAACCCUGAAUUUGGUCAAACAGAAUUUGCAGAAUCAUCGCUUGGUUUUGCCUUGUCUUCAGCUUUUACGAGUAUAUUCUGCCAACUCUGUGAAUUCUGUAUCCUUAGGGAAAAAUGGAGUUGUGGAACUGAUGUUUAAAAUCAUUGGACCAUUUAGUAAGAAGAAUUCCAGUCUUAUGAAGGUUGCUUUAGACACUCUUGCUGCAUUGCUAAAAUCAAAAACAAAUGCCAGGAGAGCUGUAGACAGAGGAUAUGUCCAAGUCCUUUUAACAAUUUAUGUAGAUUGGCACCGCCAUGAUAAUCGGCAUAGAAACAUGCUCAUUCGAAAAGGAAUUUUACAGAGUUUAAAAAGUGUUACAAGCAUCAAGUUGGGAAGAAAAGCAUUUAUUGAUGCCAAUGGGAUGAAAAUUCUUUAUAACACUUCACAAGAAUGUUUGGCAGUCAGGACCCUUGAUCCUCUUGUCAACACCUCCAGUCUGAUAAUGAGGAAGUGUUUCCCUAAAAAUCGCCUGCCACUCCCAACGAUUAAAAGUUCUUUCCAUUUCCAGUUACCAGUUAUUCCUGUUACUGGACCUGUGGCCCAGCUCUACAGUUUACCCCCUGAAGUGGAUGACGUAGUAGAUGAAAGUGAUGACAACGAUGAUAUUGAUUUAGAAGCUGAAAAUGAAACCGAAAAUGAAGAUGACCUAGAUAAAAAUUUUAAGAAUGAUGAUAUUGAAACGGAUAUUAACAAACUAAAACCCCAGCAAGAACCAGGACGAACAAUAGAAGAACUUAAAAUGUAUGAACACCUUUUCCCUGAGCUUGUUGAUGAUUUUCAGGACUAUGAUUUAAUCUCCAGAGAACCAAAAGCUUUUGUAUUUGAGGGAAAAGUGCAUGGCCCUAUUGUUGUUCCCACGGCAGGAGAGGAAGCAUCUGGGAAUUCCAGCAAUUUAAGAAAAGGAAUUGUAAUGAAGGCGACUGUGUCUCCUAAAGGAGAUGAAGAUAAUAAGAAACCAGCCUGUGCGGAUCUGGCAAAAGAAGAUAUUAAAGAUAAUGACAGAACAUUACAGCAGCAGCUAGGUGGUGAUCAAAAUAGAACUAUUUCAUCGGGCCAUGGCUUAAACAAUGAUAUUGUGAAGGCCUUGGACCGAAUUACAUUGCAGAAUAUUCCUUCUCAAACAGCCCCGGGUUUUACUGCAGGAAUGAAGAAGGACUACAGUCUCCCUGUCACUGCCCUUACGUGCGCUAAUGCAUGUUCACACGUGGCUACUUGUGGGAAUGUUCUGUUUGAGGGAAGAACUGUUCAGCUAGGCAAGCUUUGCUGUACUGGAGUCGAAACUGAGGAUGAUGAAGACACUGAGUCUACUGCAUCAGUGGAACAAGCAUUAGUUGAAGUUCCUGAUGGACCAACACUCCACGACUCAGAUCUUUAUAUUGAGAUUGUGAAAAGUACAAAGUCUGUCCCAGAAUAUUCAGAGGUGGCUUAUCCUGAUUAUUUUGGUCACAUUCCUCCUCCAUUCAAAGAGCCUAUUUUGGAAAGGCCUUACGGUGUACAAAGGACAAAAAUUGCCCAAGAUAUUGAGAGGCUAAUACAUCAGAGUGAUAUAAUAGAUCGAGUGGUAUAUGACUUAGAUAACCCAAAUUAUACCACUCCAGAAGAUGGAGAUAUUUUGAAGUUUAACUCCAAAUUUGAAUCUGGGAAUCUGCGCAAAGUAAUUCAAAUUAGAAAAAAUGAAUAUGACCUUAUUCUGAACUCAGAUAUAAAUAGUAAUCAUUAUCAUCAGUGGUUUUACUUUGAAGUCAGUGGAAUGCGACCAAGCAUUGCUUAUAGGUUCAACAUCAUUAACUGUGAAAAGUCCAACAGUCAAUUUAAUUAUGGUAUGCAACCACUCAUGUAUUCGGUUCAGGAAGCGUUAAAUGCUAGACCAUGGUGGAUUCGUGUGGGGACUGACAUUUGUUACUAUAAAAAUCACUUCUCAAGAAGUUCAAUUGCUGCAGGUGGGCAAAAGGGAAAAUCCUACUAUACAAUUACAUUCACUGUCAUUUUUCCACAUAAAGAUGAUGUGUGCUAUUUUGCUUAUCACUAUCCAUACACGUAUUCAACUUUACAGAUGCAUCUUCAAAAAUUGGAAUCAGCACACAAUCCUCAGCAAAUCUAUUUUCGAAAAGAUGUGUUAUGUGAAACCCUGUCUGGAAACAGCUGUCCCUUGGUGACUAUAACAGCAAUGCCAGAGUCUAAUUAUUAUGAACAUAUCUGUCAAUUCAGAAAUCGCCCUUACGUUUUCUUAUCUGCUCGGGUGCAUCCUGGAGAGACUAAUGCAAGCUGGGUAAUGAAAGGAACAUUAGAGUAUCUCAUGAGUAAUAACCCUACUGCUCAGAGCUUACGAGAAUCCUAUAUUUUUAAAAUUGUCCCUAUGCUAAAUCCAGAUGGUGUCAUCAAUGGAAAUCACCGCUGUUCUUUAAGUGGAGAGGAUUUGAAUAGACAGUGGCAAAGUCCAAAUCCAGAUUUACAUCCUACAAUUUAUCAUGCCAAGGGUCUGCUGCAAUAUCUGGCUGCAGUGAAGCGUUUACCACUGGUUUAUUGUGAUUAUCAUGGCCACUCCCGAAAGAAGAAUGUAUUUAUGUAUGGCUGCAGCAUCAAAGAGACAGUGUGGCACACGAAUGACAAUGCAGCUUCAUGUGAUGUUGUGGAAGAUGUGGGAUACAGGACUUUGCCUAAGAUUCUGAGUCAUAUUGCCCCAGCAUUUUGCAUGAGCAGCUGUAGCUUCGUAGUAGAAAAAUCUAAAGAAUCUACAGCACGUGUUGUAGUUUGGAGAGAGAUAGGAGUACAAAGAAGCUAUACCAUGGAGAGUACUUUGUGUGGCUGUGAUCAGGGAAAAUAUAAGGGUUUACAGAUUGGUACUCGAGAAUUGGAAGAGAUGGGAGCAAAAUUUUGUGUUGGUCUAUUGCGUUUGAAAAGACUGACAUCCCCACUGGAAUAUAAUCUGCCUUCUAGCCUGCUUGACUUUGAAAAUGACUUGAUUGAUUCGAGCUGCAAAGUAACUAGGGCUUCCCUGGUGGCGCAGUGGUUGAGAGUCCGCCUGCCGAUGCAGGGGACACAGGUUCGUGUCCCAGUCUGGGAGGAUCCCGCGUGCUGCGGAGUGGCUGGGCCCGUGAUCCAUGGCCGCUGGGCCUGCACGUCCGGAGCCUGUGCUCCGCAACGGAAGAGGCCACAACAGUGAGAGGCCCGCGUACUGCAAAAAAAAAAAAAAAAAAAAAAUUCCAUUUCAUACAACACUUAAGUCUGCAUUAUGUCUUUCCUAGGGGGUGUGUUUCUUUUAGGUCAAAGCUGGGGAUGUUGGUAGAACUCAUUUAAAAACUUAAAGCUUGUUAGGCUACACCCUACGGUCCUGCACGCCUUGUAAUUGCCCAGCCUUAAAACCAAAUAGCGAGCCCAGAGACAGCUAGAGACAUCCUUGGUUUAUUGGAUAGUGACUCUUACAUGUCGGAUGCAAGGUCCUGGAAAGAGACAGCAGGCAGGACAUGGCAGCAGUCUUCGCUACCGGUGGUGGGGGUGGGUGUUACCAGUUACACAGAGAAUUGGCAUCAGAUUGUCUCACCAGUUACCAGGGAAACCAGCAGAAGAGCCUGUCCCUCACAGCCCCUUUGAUAAACUAGCAGGUGGAGCCAUUCUGAUCUGAAGAGUAGAAGAUCACUAAGCUUGGGGGUAGGGGUGGGAGGAUGGGGCGUAGGGCAAGUUACUUAUUAGGCUCUGUGAUUAAGAGGGAAGGUCAGUCAUGCCAGUAGGGUGUGGGUGAGAGGCAGGCACUCCUUGAGUGGGGGAUGUACAGGGAGCAAGAGAACAGCCAUCUUGAGUGGCCUGACCAUACACAGCUAUAUAGUGUUUUUGAACUUAACAAAAGUGUUAUUAUUUUACCUGUUACCUGAACUAAGCAGUAUUCUCAGUGACCCUCAUUUAAAGGAUUUGAAAUCUGAUAAAGCGUUUAACAAUACUUCUCAUUAGGAAAUUGUGAUGGUGACUAAAUUUCAGGAUAAUAGGCAUAUGGUUUUAAGUAUGUUUGAAACAUUAUGGGAAAGUGAAGUUGAAAAAUACCAAACUCUAUACAGUGUUUUAUUGUAAUAAAAAAUAUAGCCGUGUUUAAAUGAAGCCUACUUAUUAUCUUAUAAUCAAACUGUAUUUGGACCUGUUUUUUUUUAAUUGAGGUGAAAUUUACACAGCAUGAAAUUUACCAUUUUUAAAGUGAACAAUUUAAUAGUAUUUAGUUUGUUUACAAUAUUUUGCAACCAUCAGUCACCUCUGUCUAGUACCCAAACUUUUUUUAAUCACCCACGAAGGAGACCCUCAUACUCAUUAAGCAGCAUUUUCAGCCCCUGAACCACUAAUCUGCUUUCUGCCUCUAUGAAUUAAC